AUGGGGUCAAAUAUUUCCACGGUGGAGGGGCACAACCAGAAAUUACGUUAUCAAAGUGACUACAGUCUAUGGUAUAGCGACACACCAGGCCCGGCAAAGGAGAUUUCCCUUAUACUAGUUGAGGCAAAGACGCUAGGCCUGGCCAGAAGUGACGAUGUCCAGGCCUUAGCCAGUUUAGAGAGUCUCCUGCGAUGCUUGAUCAAGAUUCAUCGACGCGAUGCUCAAUUCAAUCUUUCUCAGAGACUGCGGGAAAUUUCUCGCAAUACCCAACUCAACGCUUGGCUGAGUGAGUUCGAUGUGGCGAAGCGACAGCUUGACGCGAGCCAAGCCCGACAGGCCGAAAUGACCAAGGGAUUGGAAGCGGCACUGAAUUGUUUCGCGAUUGAACAGCAUAUGCGUGAUUGGGAGGCGAAGCAGAAUGACGCGAUGCGCACGGAGAGCUACGCGGAUAAGAACCAGACUUUCGAUUUGAAGCGGAAGAUCAAUGACCUGGAGAAGGACAUGGAGUUCUUGACUAGCGGGAACUGA